UUGCUACCCAAGGUAUGUGGAAACGUUCUCUUUAUCUGUUGUCUCACCUGUAUAAUGUCACCAAAAUCUACUUUUUGUGCAAUGGAGCUUAACAUCUCCAGUCUUCAAAAACCUUGCCUCUAUUGGCUCGUUAAAAUUGAAUCCUGAGCUAUAUACUUUUGGAUUAAUGAAUAGACGCUUUUCCCGUCAAGGUGUUUUAAAAAAUCUGUAUUGUUCGAAGUCGUCCGUAAUCGUCAUUCCCAAAACGUUCUCUUCUGAACUUUAACUUUAAUAUCGUUGAAAUAAUAUACGUAGGAGCCUAAUUUUCAGUACGAAUUUUUCCAUAUUAGGCCCUGUCCCUCCCGCUUUCGAUGAUUUCUGGCGGAUGGUCUGGGAACAGCAGUCAUCCUCUAUUGUGAUGUUGACAAAUCUUCAGGAAAGACAUAAGGUAAAAAGGUGUUGACCCUAUCUAGUCCACACAACAAUUAGCAAUAAAAUGCGCGUAGAAGUUACUAAACGCGCAAAUCUUGGCAUGGCGAAAUUGAGAGAAAUCGUUCAAUCAACUGAGUUGUUAAAGUAGAUUGGCCACCAUAGAAGGGAUUGUAUUUCAUUCUCUCACAGACGCAUCCCCACAGUUUCUUUACAAACUAAACCCUUUGGGUCGGUUAUAUAAACGUAAUCUAACUUAGACCGCGGUUUAGGAAAUCUUUAGUUUGCACCUCCAGAUCUCUUCCUUAGUGGUUUUUUUUUAAGAAGAUAAAUGCAUUUCUAGUACUUAAUGUACUGUAAUGAAACAGUUCACGAUAAAUGGUGUUUACCUAAAAGCGUUCCCGGGAUCAAUUAUAGAACCAAUAACUGGUCAGCGGAUAACUUUAAAACACACGUCACCAAAUGAGUUGCACAAUUGAGCUCGCAAUACAGUCAUGUAACACUUGUCAGCGGAUAGCUUUUUUAACAGCUGUCGAUUGUAUAUGCCCUGAACACCUAGCUAGUAAUGCCCGGUCAUUAAAUCUUGGCUUAGCAGCCAGAGCGCGCGUUUUAUUGUAGCCAUGUAAUGAAGUAAAUUUCAAGAAGAGAAGAAUCGUAGUGAGGAGAGACAAAGACACGUUUACCGGCAUUUUUCGUGGAAGUGACUUAAUAAUUACCUAAGUAUGAGCUAACCCGUGCGUUUUUAGAUUCAUUAAUGACAUAAAUGUUACUUUCUUCUGGAAAUAUUUCUUCCUCAUCCGUUCUUACCCCAUUGUUAUGAUAUCUCCUUACAGCUGAAGUGCCAUAAAUACUGGCCGGAUGAGACCCAGGAUUAUGGAGACAUAUCAGUGAUGCUUGUCAAGCAAGAACAUUACUCAGACUACAUUAUAAGAACAUUCAAUUUGAAGCGGGUGAGUUGUUGUUGUCGUUGUUGCUGUCGUUGUUAGAGACCUUUAGAUUCCGAGAUCUACAAGUACAAGAUUUUCACAAUAAUAAGAGGUACUAAAUAGUGCUCACGCGUAAGCCAGCGUCAUUUUGGCGGGAAACGUGAUAGCCGUCGUCAUGACGUACUAGUCGCAAGUCACGGAAACAAAUUAUCAAAUAUUAGACGUUUUAUCAUUUUGCGAUCAGGAGAUGGCUUGACCUCCUUCAAUAAAGAUAAACGUUAUGACUUUUCUGGCGGAAGAAAAGUACAAUCAAACCUUCCUUGGUGUCUGUUUUUUGAGAAGUCAAGUCCCGUACUCGUGGUCAUUCUCUUCCUCAAAUCUAAAGCUCUCUGUGAUUACAGCUUUGUUCAGCUUUCUGCAAUCCCGGCUUUUUUUUUCGCAUGUUCUUGUUAUUUGGUAGUGGUUGUCAAUUUCUGUAAAUGUUGCUGUUGCUGUUUUUGUAGCUUUUUUACUGCUUUUACUAGCUGUCGACAAUGCUGCGGCUGUUUCGGAUUUGGUGUUGUUGUCGCUUUAAAAGAACGCUGAAAACGAAUGCUGCCUAAUUUUGUUGAGCUAAUGAAGUACAGGACGAAAUUACGUAGCCUAAACGUACCUACUGAUAAUAACCAUCAUUUAUAUCAAGAAUACUAUGCGUAGGCGUUUAUUAAUGUGGUGUUUUUUGUUUGUUUGUUUGUUUGUUUUUUUUUGCAUCAGGAAAGCGAGAAAGAAGAGCGAGAAGUGAAGCAGUUUCAUUUUACUGUAUGGCCUGAUCAUGGAGUUCCUGAAUAUCCAACUGCACUGCUAGCAUUCAGAAGACGAGUCAGAAGAUACAACCCCGCUGACGCUGGCCCCUUGAUAGUGCACUGCAGGUAGGUUACAGACCUUAAUAGGUGCCGGACAAAAAUAUUUGAUUGUCGGUAUACAGUCUGUAUAUUUUGAUGCCCGGGUUUGGUACCCUCUAAGAAAGUAUCUAGUCUUUUGCACUGUGCGUCAAUAUAGAUAGCUUUCUUAAGCAGACUAAUUUCCCCUCAGGUAGGUAUCUGUAUCUUGCCGGUUGCGGCCUCCUGUUGCUAAUAUGCCUGCCGCAUUUUUGUGUCCAUUUGAGGAUAACACCACUCUAUUUCGGAAAGCGACCUUUUGUCCACGGAAUAUCCAGCUAGGAGAGACUGCGAAGCCGGAUUGUUCAUUUGUCCUUCUUCCCAUAUUUCUAGAAUGGGACGGUGAAGCGCUGUUUAUUUUGGGGGAAGUAUAGCUUUUCGAGCCCUCUGAAUACUGGCGUUAAUGGAGGUCAGUUAAGUCCUCAAAACGUUCAGCUCACGCCGCUCGUGUUGCAGAUUACUCUCCAAUUUACGCAAUCUGUUGCUUUUGAUUUUUGUGUAUUGGUCUCCCUAAGAUCCUCUGCUUUUGUUUUUAGUGCUGGUGUUGGGCGCACGGGUACUUUCAUGGUAGUCGACAGUAUGUUGGACCGGAUAAAAGCGGAAAAUACACUUGACAUCUACAACUUUGUAGCGUACUUGAGAACGAGACGGACAGCCAUGGUACAAACGGAGGUAUGUACUGCGUUGUAGUACUUUUGAACCAGAUGUUUAAGUUUAACAUAACAUAACGUAACAUAGUAUAAGUUCAACAUAAACCAGGUGUAAGUUCAACACAACCAAGCAUAACAAGAUCAUAACAAAUACUAUUACUUAUUCCACUAAGGCCCCGACGAUGGAAAAAGCUUCAGGGGCUACCGCUGACGAGCUUUUUAAAAAUAAGAAAAUUCGAAACCACUUCCCAGCAAAUAUAGUUCAAUACAAAGAGAUUUUAGCCCAAGAAAUAUGAUAGUAGCUACUUUACCCGUUCGUUGAAUUUCCAAAGGUGGAAUAGCCCUUAUGUUCUGCCUUUUUUUCCCAUUUAACUCUUUUGGACGAAAAUAAUUAGAGCCAGUCUGUGGUUUGAAAGCGACGUUUUGACCCUCUCCUCCCCCUUUAGCCCCUCAUAACCAAGGAUGAAUGCAAAAUAAAAAGUAGUUAAUCGAGCGAUUUAUUUCGUUGGUCUUUUGAGCGUCAUUUUACUUCUCAGGAACAAUACACAUUUUGUCAUGAUGCCAUUUUGGAAGCUGUACAGUGCGGCAAUACACAGAUAUAUGCACAUGAUUUGAGGAUCACCUUGGCUCGUAUGGAUGACGCAAGCAAAGACUCUAAAGUAACACGAUUUGAAUCUGAGUUCAAGGUGAGCCAUUUCAGGCCAGUUUUUACCUCCUCAGAUGACAUUAACGUGUGAAUAAUUUUGAUAGCCAGGUCUUCUUGGUCUUCGAAAUGUCGGUGGUGGGAAUUGCGGAAGUAUUUCGUUGUGGUAUCGGUUAGGUCUCAUGAUGUCUUUUUUGCUUUUAUUUCCCAGACACUCAAUAAAGUCAGUCCUGUUUAUAACAAAGCAAGUUAUUCCGUUGCCUCAUAUCCUGAGAACAAGGAAAAGAACAGGACUCCGGAGAUUUUAGCGCGUAGGUUUUUACUAACAGUAAUGGGGAGCUUAAGGAACAGCGACAGCGACGGCUACAAAAACGUCACUUAAAAAGUGAUUUCGCUCUGCGUCAAACGUGGGAAAAUUUUUUUGGAGUUGAAUUUUAAAGGACUUUUCUGAAUUAUCAAAGUUCAGGAAAAGAAAAAUAUAAUUGUUGUCUUGUGUUCCCGUCCUCGACAAAACGUGAAUUUAGGCACUUACACGUUGUAGUCGUGCAACAACGGCAAAGAAAUGUACAAAAAAGCGUGAUGCACGUGCAAAGUUGUUGUUUUGCCAAUCUAAACCAAUUGCUUUUUUGUCGUUCUCGUUGCCGUCGCCGUCGUCGUUGCUUAAGCUCCCUAAUGACGAACUGAAGAGUGAUGCAGCCAUUUGCAAGAUGAUCGUGCAUAUAAUGCAUUUUACUGUGCUCUUAAUCGUCAGUUCCUUUGAUGAUGACCAAUUUUGCUGUUUAUUGCUAGGAAAACUGACAUAGGCGAAGGCACAUAUGUUACAUUUGUAUUUCUUACAAACGACAAACCUUCCUUCAAUGUUUAAGUGAUCAUUGUUAAGUAGUAGCUGAUUUGGCUAAAUUGGGUGAAACAGGCAUAAUUACGAUCAGCGUAUCUGCCGUCAGCAAUUUGGAAUUAUUUUAAAGGAAACAAAAUAGAGCCAGUUCGGGUCCCGUGUAAAGUGUGACUUAAUCCUCCUUAAUGUUUUUUUUUAUUAUUAUUUUUUGUUUGUUUGUUUACGUUUAUACUUUUAUCAAGAACACAAGAAAUGUUGUGACGAUUUUGUGGCAAAGCUUAACAACAUGUUUUGAGGGGGGGUAAAGGAGCCACAACAUCUUCACAAUCAGUGACGUCAAUGAUCUGCCAAUGUCGUGGUUCUUUUAACUAGGUCUAGAUUAGAAACAUUCAACAAAAAGCAUCAAGACAUGCAAACUGAUAUCAAUUCCGAUUAUGAUUUAAGUGCGGAAGGUUUGGGGUCCGUUUACUAGCACCGUACUCGCUGGUAAAUCCAGUCCAAAAUUUCCGUAAAUUUGCGUGGCUCGCAUUGUUGGCCUUAUUAAGGCUGAAAGAAGAUGGGAAAAAGAAUACCAUAUUGUGUUUUUCUUGGCAGCUGACUUUUAUCGUGUGGUGCUCACUGCAAUUGAUGACAAUGAAGUCACCUCCUACAUAAACGCCGUCCAUAUCCCGGUAAGUAGUGCCACUAAAAACCCGGCUGGAGGGGAAUCCCAUAGAACAGCAAAGUUAUCUCCUACUUAAACACCGUCCAUACCCCAGCAAGUAGUCACGCCAAAACCUGGAGAAGAGGGACGGGCUACACACAGUUCCCAACUUUUAUAUUGAAGUCAAAUGCAAACCUUCUCAUUUGAAAAUGUUUCAUUUCCAAACAACUAAAGAAUAUCACACCUGUUUUCAAAACAAAGUUUAGAGCAACACAGGAAUGGCCUGUUAAAACCACAGUUACAGCACAUGCAAAGUGACAAUUUAAUUAAUUAGUUGAUUAAAAAAAAGCAGCUUCUGCAGAAGAGCCUAAAAAAUGUUCCUCAGAAUAAAUAAAAGAUAUUUUUGGUAAGUACAAUUUAAGCAGAUUAUCUAGACCUUAAGUAAUACAGAUGCUACUGAACAUUCCUUUUCCUAUUUCAGGGUUACAAGCAGCAACAUGCCUUCAUUGUAACGCAACACCCCUUGACACCAACUGUGACGGACUUUUGGCGUAUGCUCUGUGAGCAAGAGUGUAGCUGUGUAGUGCUCUUUGAUUCCAGCGAGGAAGACGGGGUAAAACAAGAUUAUUGAUUUCGAUAUUCUCUUGUAAUGUUUCCAUAAAACUCUUUCUUCUGUCAUAUUUCUUCUAGCACUCCGGCGUUAAAAAGAGAGCAAAUAAUUGAUUAAGUAAAGCUUAUGAUAAGUUACACUUCUGCAGGAUUUCCCUCUGUUUUGGCCUGAAGAAGAGUCAACUUACGAUGACAUGAUAACAGUUCAGCGGCUUCAUGCGUCCGCCACCAGCAGUAGCGUUGACAACCUGAAAGCGAAUUACGACCAAACAGAGAUCAACGAGAAGUCUUUCAAAGGUCAACGAUUUAAUAAAAGAAAAGUCUUUCUUUAAAUGGGUAAAAGCCAACUGAUCUAGUGAGGGACUUUAAGAUUGGCGACUACGGUACCGACGGUUGAAACUCAGCCACCGUCGGGAUUUAAUAAAAUGAAAAAGAAUCGAGGUUUUUACUGUACAAGCCAAGAAGGACGUUUAAGCAAGAAGUUGACGUAGAUCUUACGUUUAAAUGCAAAGUUAUUAAAUGGAGCUUGGAGAUUGCCGUUGUGAUUAAAAAACCUUUUUCUUUCUCUUUUUUGAAAGAAAUGCCCUUCAAAUCGACGGGUAAGUCGAAGAAGACGCCCGGGAAGACGGUCUAAAAUCGGCAGCAUGCAAUCCGGAUAAAUAGCAUCGUGCAAAACAAAUUCAUCUGAAUUCCAUGAACUUUUUGAAAGACAUCUUCAAAGUGAAUUCGAGCGCAGCAAGGUUUGACGCUGAAAGUUAAUCAACCAAAAUAUUCACAGUUCUUUUGACCGAUGUUACAAAAUGUUUGCCCAUCGUCGUAUUGUUUGUCCGACGAGGUCACAUAUUUUCCUUUACCUAAGCAACCGUCUACUGGCGAUGGUAAAGGUCCCAUGCCCCUAAGACCUCCCCUUUUCUUGUGUCUGAGGUUGUCAUUUCUGAGUGAACAUGCUUUCGCCAUUUUUGGAUUCCCCAUAUUCAGAGAACACUGCCGGAGUUGUCGCGCUUGUUUCGCCAACGUUAAAGUUAAGGCGAUGUUUCAGGGUUUAGAGAACGCUUUUUGAACGUUGCUUGUUGUUUCAGGCUUUCGUGACUUUCCUGUUUUGCUUGCGUGUUUUUCAAUAUCAAGACAUAGUUUUUCUUCUCUUUUGUCGAUACCUUAAAAGACGCCAGAAAAGAGUUUGCGAAUAAAGAUGUUUCAGUACAGCGGUUGGGUAGAUGAGACAGACGUGCCUCCUUGUUCAGGCCUUAUCUCCCUUAUCGCCAAAGUGGAACGAUGGCAGCAGCAUUCUGGGAACGGUCCUAUCACUGUAGUGUGCAGGUCGGUGAAAUAUAUAUUUUGGCAUGCACUAUUUUGUUAUUAUGCACUUGAUCAUCAUUAAAAGUAAUCACGACUGGCAACUUAGGUUGUUUUAGAAUCCGUCUGCCAUUUUGCGCCUCAAAACUAGCACCAGAAAUAACAAAAAUAAUAGUAAACAAACAAAAACAAAACACUUCCUUCAACCCGUAGAGUUGCUUGACAAAAUGGCCAAAAGAAACCAAAUUUAAAAAAUUCGUCCAUUGGUACAUACCGUACAUUUCUGACAGUAUGAAACAAGUAGAAAAACAAAAUUGACGGACGAAAUGUGAAAAGGGUCUUUGUGUUUGGUUUUUUGUUGUUUUCCUGUAGUGGUUCUUAUAAUUUUUUUUCGUAUUCUAACUUUCCUAUUAUAGUGACGGUCUUGGCCGCAGUGGAACAUUCUGUGCGUUAUACUCGGUGUUGGAGCGUCUUAAGAUCGAACAGGUUGUGGAUGUGUUUCAAGCUAUAAAAGCAAUGAGAAUUCCUCGUCCUGGAUUAGUGAAGACAACGGUAGGUAAAUGGCAUCGCCGUGCUAAGAUGCUGCGUUUUACUUUUUGCUGUCUACCGACGUUUAACAUGGUAUAACUGUAUGAAAAUUAGAGUUGAAGUAAGUAUUCCUCCGUGCUGGAGACGAAACCGCAGUUUCUACGUGGUUAUCUAAGCCACGCCAAAGCCUAUGAAAGCAGUUAGUACCUUCUUCAGUUGUUCAAGACUAUUGAUUUUAUAGUCCUUUGGUGUGUCCUUAGGAAAAAACUCCUCAAAAUCCGGCUGUCUAGACAAGAGCUUCAACAAUAAUGCUGUUGUUUUAUCGUAGUGGAACUCUUCUCCUCGUAGAAUUACGUUCCCUUUAAACUUGUUAAUAUUUAUUAUUAUUUUUUUUUCUUUUCAGGCCGAAUAUCGAUUCAUCCACUAUGCAAUCCUAGAAUACUUAUCAGCCUUCGACGACUACGCAAACUUUAAGCCUUAAAAAUGGCGUCAGCGAAGAAUCUGACGGCAAAAAUCUACUUCAGAUUUAUGGGCAAUAGUAUUCAACCGACAAAUUAGAGACUAACACACUAACGGACUGUCAGUCUGACCUUUUCCAUUUUACCACUUUCUUUUGUUAACUCUACUGAAGGAUUAAAUUGGUUUAUUCUCACUAGAAUUCAGCUCCGGAAUUUGGUUUCGAUAUAAUUAUACUCAAGUAACUUUUAACUAUUACUUCAUUAUACUUGCUGCUGAACUGGUAGGACGAAGCGUAUCUUGUUGUUUUGACGUGGGCCAAUCCUCUCAGAUUGUCCUGUGUGGUCCCUUUUGCUAGUUUUAUUGACUAAGCUUAAAGGUUACAAAGAGAAAUUUCAUCCGAAUAAGUUGAGACUUUGGGUUGAUGAUUGUAACGAGCUCUGUUAGGUAGUGAUAGGUAAUUCCCAAGUUGGUCAAACACGAAGAAAUUAUAUGACGCCAAUAUUUUGACAAAUUACUAGCCUAAAUAAUGAAUCAACACCAACAACAGAACACAGAAAAAUCACAGAGCAUUUCGACGUUACCAGGUUGUCUUGUCAGUAGGGUGAUUGAUCGUCCUUAAUGCGACCAGUUUUAAGCCUCGUAUGCAGUUAAGAGAACCAGGCCCCCCACCACCUUGCUUAGUGUUGUAAACGGUCACAAGAUGAAGGUCACGUGACCGUUAAAGCCACAUAUCAGAUGAAGACGGUGUGAUAACGUCCAAGUGUUUUGUUCCUUAUAAAUACUUUGCUCUGAGUCUGUAUUUUUUCAUUAUUUAUCUUCUUCUCGGUAAAGUUAAUGUCUUUCUGUUUUAAACAAGAAAGGAAAAAAAUAAAUAAAUAAAAUUAGUGUAGGUAGAAAAAUUUUCAGAAUAUAAAGUGUUAACAAUAAU